AUGGCACAGUUGGAGGAAUACAGUGAGGAGUAUGCAUUGCUAUCUAACAUCAACCAGGAUGGAAUUCGUGUCCCAAAGUCUAGUGCUCUCUACGGGCUUUCACCCUUCCUCGAUGAACGAGGAGUGCUACGAAUGAAAAGCAGAAUUUCCAAUUGCCAGUUUGUAAGCUCGGAUACUGCGUGUCCUAUCUUGCUCCCAAAGAGUCACCGUGUCACGACUUUAGUCGUUACUUUUAUUCAUGAACGCUACCACCAUCUCAAUCACGAAACAGUAGUGAACGAACUAAGACAGAAGUAUUAUAUCCCGAAACUUCGAAGAGUCUGCAACAAAGUUCAUCGUGAUUGCCAAGCCUGUAAGAAUGCCAACGCUCGGCCCCAACCACCGAUGAUGGCUGAUCUACCUCCAGCAAGGCUCGCCGCCUGUUCCAGACCUUUUUCCUAUGCUGGAAUCGAUUAUUUCGGCCCGAUGCAGGUUGCAGUUGGUCGACGUGUCGAGAAACGAUGGGGAGUUUUAAUCACCUGUUUAGUUGUACGCGCAGUACACAUAGAGAUUGCCCACUCAUUAACUUCCAGCUCCUGCAUCAUGGCCAUUCGAAACUUUAUAGCCAGGCGGGGUACACCUGUUGAAAUCUUCAGUGAUCGUGGGACCAACUUCGUAGGAGCAAGUCGCGAACUUAUUGAAGCCUCCAGAAACCUAGAUCAAGAUGAGAUGAUGCGAGAGUUCAUUAGUGCAGACACGAAAUGGCCAUUCCUACCACCCAAUAGUCCCCAUAUGGGUGGAAGCUGGGAGAGGCUUGUGCAAUCGGUGAAAAAGAUUCUGAACAACAUGAAUCUCCCAAGGCUACCAACCGACGAAGUUCUUCGCAACAGUUUAUUGGAGAUCGAAUUUAUUAUCAACUCGCGCCCCCUCACCUAUGUUCCAAUCGAAAAUGCUGACUGUGAGGCAUUGACGCCGAAUCAUUUUUUGCUCGGAUCUUCGCACGGUUCUAAACCUUUGAUACCAUAUUAUGAAAGCCUCGCUACACUGAAAAAUACGUGGAAAACCUCUCAGGUCUACGCCAAUAUUUUCUGGAAGAGAUGGUUAAAGGAAUACCUGCCAACUAUUCGCCAUCGUUCCAAAUGGCACUACCCGGUGAAACCGAUUGUAGAAGGAGAUAUCGUCGUAAUAGUGGAUUCCGACCUUCCCCGAAACUCAUGGCCAAAGGGUCGUGUGGUUAAAGUCAACGAGCGUGACGGACAAGUACGCAGUGCAACGGUGCGAACUUUAUUCAACGUCUACGAGCGACCAGCGGUCAAGUUGGCGGUACUUGACGUCGGUGCAACGGAGUGUAAGCAAGAUACUGGUUCUGGCUUACCGGGGGGGAGUGUCACGUCAUCUACGGACGCACCUCUACCAUCAAGUGGACCCCAUCAAAGUACGCCGUCACUGGUAGCCGAAAAACCUCAAAACGGUAAAACACAUCAUUAUCGGUAA